GGAAGCGGUGGAAAAAAAAGAGAAAUAUUAAAAAAUAGAGCAGGGAUGCGCACUACGCCUUCCGCGCACGUUAGAACAGAGCUAUUUUAUUUCUGGGUCUUUCGGCUUCCUUCCUCUAUAUCCCUUUUCUCGCAAAUUCCUGGUGCCCUACUUUGUCCAUCGCUUCGUUGCCGCAGAUCUGAGAUUGCUUCGUUUUCUCUGUCCGAGCUUCGAUCUUCUCAGUGCAAACGGCCCGUGAAAAAUCUUCAAUUUUGUCGAAAAUUCGGGUUUUUAGGCAUAUCUACAGGUAAUAAAAAUUGUUAAUUGAUAACCGCUAUGCCGGAAUAUGGUAGAGAGGAGAUGGAACAAGGAUAUGAAGACGAGUAUGAGGAUUAUGAGGACGAGGGAUACGAGGGAUACGAAGAAGGCGAAGGAGGAGGAGAAGAAGAGUAUGAAGAGGAAGAAGACCAAAAGCCUACCAAGGAAGAGUUGGAAUUCCUUGAAUUGAGGCAAAGCUUAAAAGAACGAAUCAGAAAGCAGAUGAAGAAGGAAGGCAAUUCAAAGCAGACGAAGAAGGAAAGCAGUUCUCUUUGCGACAAUUCCUUUGACAAAAAGAAGAAGCUCCCAUAUGAUAAUUAUGGUUCAUUUUUUGGCCCAUCAAAACCGGUUAUUGCUCAAAGAGUUAUUCAAGAGAGGAAGUCAAUGCUAGAAACCAAACAUUUGACACCUCGAGUUUCAAAGUCCAGCCAUGGCCAUAGUAGCUCUGGAUCAACCACUGCAGGAUCAAAAUCUGGAACACCACACCAACGUACAGGAGUUGUAAAUGAGGUUAAAACUAAGGCCCAAAAACUCAAGGAUACUAGAGACUACUCCUUUCUAUUAUCUGAUGAUGCAGAACUUCCAGCUCCUGCAAAGGAGCCUCCUCGAAAUCUCCCUGCUCGAAAUUUUGAGCCGCGAUCAGCUCAAGUGCCGAUGAAAAGUAAACAAUCUAUGGGAAAUAGAGGUGGACAUGGUCAUGGUGGUCAUGAAGAAAGGAAAUCGGUUUCUGUGAACGGACACAUGCAUUCUACAGUUAGCUCCAAUAAGUUAGCUUCUGGAAGUAAGCCCAAUUUGACGUCAAUGAAUUCUAGAAAACAACUUGGUAGCAGCAAUGGGAAUGGGCCUGGUCGGCCACUAGCGCCAAAAGUAUUGCCUUCUAAUGGGAAUGGGCCUGGUCGGCCUCUAGCACCAAAAGGAUUGCCUUCUAAGGUGGCUCCUUCUACCUUAGUGAAGAAGGCUUCUGCACCAGUUUCAAAAAGUUCCAUGCCUGUUGUGCACAAACCACCUUCUUCUAAGUUGCAGUCAUCUUUUUCAAAGCAGCAGUUGGAACAGAGAAGGGAAGUAAGAGAGCCGGAGAAGGCUAAAUUGUUGCCUAAAACGCCAGUGGGAUUGUCAAAACCUCAGUGUAAUAUUGAGCAGAUACACAAACCACAGAAGCCAAUUUCAUCACACCAUACAUACCAAGAUAAUCGUCCCAAGAAAAAGCCUGUUAGAAGCUAUUCAGAUGAUGAAGAUGCAAAUGCCAUUAGUAUGAUUAGACAAAUGUUCGGGUAUAAUCCUGCAAAAUUUGCAGGCCGUGAUGACGAUGAUUUAAGUGAUAUGGAGGCAAGGUUUGAUGAUAUUAUGAAAGAAGAGCGAAGAAGUGCCAAAAUUGCAAGAAAGGAGGAUGAAGAGCAACUUAGGUUGAUAGAAGAAGAAGAGAGAAGGGAACGUCUAGCCAAAAAGCGGAGGCUGGGGAGGGAGGGCUAGCUUCGAAUAACAUUUCGUUGUGCGUUAUUUAAUUAACUCCCCCUUCCUCUUCCUUCAUAUCCCACGGCCCUUGUUAUUCUUUCUUUUUUUUUUGUGUAUUUGGGAAAUUUCUUUGGGCCAAAAUGGGUGGUGAAAUUCAUUGGAGUUGGAUCAAAUUUUCUCUUUCUUUAGUAGCUGUAGGAAGUUGUUGGCAGCUCCAAAAUGAAAAAUGUAUUUUUAGGAUGAAUAAUAUGAAUCAUUAUGAUGGGACACAUUCUUUUCUUUAGGCCUGUAAAUUGGCCUGGCAAAGUCUCACCAGAUAUGCUGACUCAUGGUGUGAACCGGAACCGGAACCGGAACCGAACCCGUACGAUAUUUAGUGUUAACAGUGAAACAAUUGGCCCAUUAAUGAUUAUAUCUAUGAGAGAGGGUAUUUAUGUAAUUAUGUAAGUAUUGCAAUUUUAAAAAUUAUUUAAUUUAUUA